AUGGCCCGUAUGGGGUUUUUGCUGGAAGAGAUGCAUCCCGAGGUCUUGCCACUUUCUGCCUGGAUAAGGAGGCUCUGAGGGAUGACUAUGAUGACCUCUCUGAUCUCAAUGCUACACAGCAGGAGACCUUGAGGGACUGGGAGUCACAAUUCACUUUUAAGUAUCACCAUGUUGGUAAGCUGCUGAAGGAAGGGGAGGAACCCACUGUAUACUCUGAUGAAGAAGAAAAAGAUGCCCAGGAUGCAAAGAAAGACUAG